GCCGAUAUCAGUCAUAGUUUUGCCUGUUGAUGCAUAUUGAACAUGCUUAGUUUUAUAUUGAAACCUGUUUGUUUUGUCUCUCUGUGUCAUGACUCUAGGAACUAUGCUGUUUCGUGUAAUCCUUGCACCAGAUGACAUUAGAAGACUUCAAAUUGAAAGUGUUCCGGAAACACUUGAUGCAUUCAUCAACAUACUGAAGAGAGAACUACGUUUGGAUGCAAUGCUGAUUGUGCAGUUUGAAGACCCAAAUUUCGUAAAUGAGUUGUGCAAUUUGACCAGCAUGUCCGACCUGCCAGAGGAGAGAGCUACUUUGAGGAUUUUUCAGAAGCAUGUCCCAGAGCCCUCAAAUGAACAAGAACCCUCGAAUGAUGACCAGAUCUCUGAUUCCACACUGGACACACUGGACACUGCUAGCUUGCCAUCAACCUCAUCUGGAGAUUCAACUCCCAGACGUAGUGGAUGUUUGCCAGAUCCCUUUGUCAUCCCAAAGUUUCCCACUGACAUAGAGUUGAGACUCAAGCAUGGCAAUGAUGCAUAUUUCAAAGAUGGCUCUCUCUUAGAAGUGCCUAGAUCUAUGUCUAGUGACAUUCUUGAUAGCUUGGCUGAGGCAAUAUUUGCCAUAAAGACCCACCCAACCCACGGAGAGUGUGUCAUUGUUGCAAAAGCAUUGGUGGACAAAUUUCCAUGCUUGAAAGAGGCUGGCUCAACAUGUGGGUGGUAUGCUUGGAGAUACAGCAUAUACUUUAAAAUGGGGAAUUUCAGACAGCAAUUGCGCAUUGCUGGGUCUGUGAAGCUCUCUGUGUAUAAAAGGGGGAGGUCAGCAUCAGCGGAUACCAGAAGACCAAAGAAGGCUAUGAGGUCAGAGGUGAAUUUUCUGCCUGAACCCCCUCAGAAUAGAAGCCUUGAAAUGCUUGAACAAGACAGACGCAAUUUAGAGAGUGAAAUGAUGAAAAGAAAUGUGGACUGGAAGAAAGUUGAUGCCCUUAUGGACGGCACCUUUUCUUUGAGGAGAAAGGAGAUCAUCGGGGAGGAGCCAUUGGUCAAGGAUCUCAAAGCCAGGUGGUCAGCUUUGUUCACACAGCGACAGAUUGAAGCAGAAUUCAGGCGGAUUGUCUCCAUGAACCUGAAGCAGCCAUUUUUUUAACGCCUAGAUGAGUUCGUCCCCAGGUUCCUGCGUCUGUACAGACAGAGACUGGAGAAAGUCAAGGAACUUCAGCCUUUUGUUGAGUCUCUAGAUGAUGAUAACUCAAAUAAACAGAAGAGAGCAGUGGUUCUCCUUGGCCUGGCCCAUUUCCUGAAAGAGGAUCCCUCCCAAUUCUUCAAGAUUUGUAAGCCAAACAAAGAGAGUGAGGCAGUGAAAGGAAUGAACGUCGGAAUCUUGGUGGUUACGGAGGAGGAUCCUCAACGCCCUGUCCCCAAGGAGAUGAUUGAUAUUGCACUGAUUCUGGAGGAGCAUAUUGUUCUUCGGGACCUGAAGGAUGUGCCCAACGCAUUCGCCCUGCUGAUGGGUCUGCUCUACGUCUUCAACAUCCAUUACCCAAAAGGGCUCAAGUACAUGUUCGAGGUAAUACAAAAGGUGAUAAUGAACAUUGGUGGAGACCUUUGCUCUUCAAGAGUUAAUGGACUCCGGAACAAGCUCAUGUCCAAGAGCCUGUGAAACAAAAAAUUGCAGUGAUUAUCAUAUUGCUUUGUCAAGCAUUGCAUGUUUUGGAAAGCACACAGUUAUGUAUAUGUGCGGCUGAUGGAUAGAUGGACUAGACAGUCCUAAUAGCUGUUUUUUAUAUUACUCAAAAGUGCCACCUGUUAUCUUGGCUACAUAGUCGUCAUGGAGUUACUGUUCCUUGUUUUUUUGUGUGUCUUUUAAGAACUUAGUAAGUAAGUAAGGUCAGUUGUUCAUGGGAUGAAAUGGAGAAAACUAUUGCCAUUUGAUUUUUGUCUUACAACCUCAAAUAAUCUUGUUAAAUUAUCAUGUUGCUUUGUCAAGCAUUGCAUGUUCUGGAAAGCACAGUUAUGUAUAUGUGCGGCUGAUGGAUAGAUGGACUAGGUAGUCCAGAUAGUUUUCCCUAGCUCUCAAAGGUGAAAGCUGUUUUAUUGGCUAUAUACUUUGGAGUUGCACAACUACUCCAGUCUUUCAAGUUUGCUAAACCUUUUAUCAACACAUGCACUUGGACCAUUGAGGUCAGUUAGAGGGAUGAAAAGGAGAUAAAUAUUGCCUCUUGUUUGUUUUCACACAGCCAUAUAAAACUAUCCUGUUCAUUUUUCAAGCAUCACAUGUUCUGGAUAUCACUAUGUUAUGCAUAUAGCCUAUGUGCUGUUGAUGCUGAGAUUGACUAGACAGUCCUAAUAGCUGUUUUUUAUAUUACUCAAAAGUGCCACCGGUUAUCUUGGCUACAUAGUCGUCAUGGAGUUACUGUUCCUUGGUUUUAAGUGUGUCUUUUAAGAACUUGUACCCUAGGUGAUAGUAAGGUCAGUUGUUCGUGUGAUGGAAAGGAGAAAACUAUUGCCAUUUGAUUUUUGUUUUACUACCUCAAAUAGCCUUGUUAAAUUAUCAUGUUGCUUUGUCAAACAUUGUAUGUUCUGGUAAGCACACUGUUAUGCAAAUAUUAGCUGUUGAUGCUGAGGUGGACUAGAAGUCCUGAGAGUUGUUUUGCUCCGUCUCUCAAAAUAUGCUGUUCUUAUUGUCUGUAGUCGACAUAUGUGACUGUAUAUCUUCUCUUAUUUUGCCACCACCUUGCACACUCAGGCUAUCUCACGCACACUGACUCACUCUCUCUCUCU